UCCUUUGUGCCGCCAUGAAGGCCGCCGCGCUCUGGUCUCCGCUGCUCUGUGUGCUGCUGCUGGGUCGCGUCUCCGCCGACGGGGAGGUGGAGGACGAGGAGGGCGUGCUGGUGCUGAAGGGGGCCAACUUCGACCGGGCGCUGGAGCAGUUCCCGCAUCUCCUGGUGGAGUUCUAUGCACCCUGGUGUGGUCAUUGUAAAGCUCUGGCUCCAGAGUAUGUGAAGGCAGCAGCAAAGCUAAAAUCUGAAGGCUCUGAAAUCAGACUGGCAAAGGUAGAUGCCACAGAAGAGUCAGAUCUUGCCCAGCAAUUUGGAGUUCGAGGCUACCCUACAAUCAAAUUUUUCAAGAAUGGAGAUAAAUCUUCACCCAAAGAGUACACAGCUGGCAGGGAAGCAGAUGACAUUGUGAACUGGUUGAAGAAACGCACAGGCCCUGCUGCCACCACCCUGACCGAUGUAGCUGCUGCUGAGGGGCUUGUGGAUGGCAGUGAAGUUGCUGUGAUUGGAUUCUUCAAGGAUGCAGAGUCUGAUGCUGCCAAACAGUUCUUGUUGACAGCAGAGACCAUUGAUGACAUUCCUUUCGGGAUCUCUUCCAGCAGUGAGGUCUUUGCCAAAUACCAGUUUAGCAAAGAUGGCGUUGCCCUUUUUAAGAAGUUUGAUGAAGGCCGUAACAACUUUGAUGGAGAGAUAACAAAAGAGAACCUGCUGAACUUCAUCAAAUCAAACCAGCUGCCUUUGGUCAUUGAAUUCACUGAGCAGACUGCACCAAAAAUUUUUGGAGGCGAGAUCAAGACCCACAUCCUCUUGUUCCUGCCCAAGAGUGUUACAGACUACCAGGGGAAAUUGGACAACUUCAAGACGGCAGCUGAAAGCUUCAAAGGGAAGAUCCUGUUCAUCUUCAUAGACAGUGACCACAGUGACAACCAGAGGAUCCUGGAGUUCUUUGGCCUCAAGAAAGAGGAAUGCCCUGCCAUACGUCUCAUUACCCUGGAGGAAGAAAUGACCAAGUACAAGCCAGAAUCGGAUGAGCUGACGCCAGAGAAUAUCAGGGACUUCUGCAACAAGUUCCUGGAGGGCAAAGUGAAGCCCCACCUGAUGAGCCAAGAGAUUUCUGAGGACUGGGACAAACAACCUGUCAAAGUUCUGGUUGGGAAGAACUUUGAGGAAGUGGCUUUUGAUGAGUCUAAGAAUGUCUUUGUUGAAUUCUAUGCUCCCUGGUGCGGCCACUGCAAACAGCUGGCUCCCAUAUGGGAUAAACUGGGAGAGACAUACAAGGACCAUGAGAAUAUUGUCGUAGCCAAGAUGGACUCAACAGCGAAUGAAGUUGAGACAGUCAAGGUCCACAGCUUCCCUACCCUCAAGUUUUUCCCUGCGGGUCCUGAAAGAACGGUCAUAGAUUACAAUGGUGAGAGGACGCUAGAAGGCUUCAAGAAAUUCCUGGAAAGUGGUGGAAAAGAUGGCGGUGCAGAUGAAGAGGAUCUGGAAGAUCUAGAAGAUAUUGAGGAGCCAGAGGUGGAAGGGGAAGAAGAAGAUGUGACAGCUCAAAAAGACGAACUGUAAAGAGGAAUCCAAUCUGACUAUCUAUCCCCAGACACUGCACUGUGGCUGCCUUCUUAUGCAGUCAAGCAAAUCCAGAAACCAACUCGAACCAGAAGGCAGAUGCUGGCUGGAGAGUUCAAAGAAUGGUCUAAAGUAACCCUUCAUCCUAACCUGUCAACUGAUCUUCUAGUUUACCUUUUGCUUUUUGAAGAGGGAUCUGACUUGAUAGCCAGCCCUGCUGGGUCUAUAUUAUUUUUUUAAAACACACACACGCACACACUGUGAUGUACAUUUUCUUUUUCCUAAAGUGUUCUGUGGUCUGGGUAGAAGCAGAUUGAAAUGCCCCAUUGCCUAACUCAUUUUGGAGCCUCGCCAGUAAUGCCUCCUUAAAGCUUAGUCACACUUUGUCUAAUUGUCAUAUGCUGCUCUCUGCCCAGCAGGGUCUUGGUUAUGGUUUCAAUUGUCAUUAUUAUUUGGGCUGCCUCAGUUCAGAGGAAACCACUAGGCUGACCAUAGUCGGGCCAGUGGAAUGUGGAGUGAGUGGGACAGGUGGUCCUCUUAACUCAUUGUGUGGUCUCUGUUCCCCUUUAUGCUGAAUAAGAUAUAUUUCUCUUCCAAAGACCAGGAGACUAACAACUGAGGAAAGAGGGCCUGGCUGCUCACUUUCCUGAAGCAAAAUCUAACUCAAGUUGCCCCUGAACAAACACAAGAUGUGCUUUCUCAGCAUUGCUUUGUACAUGGGUUUCACAAGUGUUUACUUGGAAAGGAACCUGUCAAAAUGCAACAAAAAGGACACUCAAUUACUGGGAUUUUGGGAAGGGAUCUUGAGAACCAAGGAGUGCUGUGGGGUGAGGGACGGGGGUGGGGAUGUUGGCAGAAUUUGAAUUUACUUGAGCGUCUAUGAUGCUAAAAAGAAUGGAACUCGUUGGCCAAAUAAAUUUGAUUUUAAUACUA